AUGUCGGAGGAGAACCUCGCCGACCUCGGCCGCUCCUGGCUGUCCAGGCACUGGAGCGUCUUCGACACCGUCCUGGCGCCCGGAGACGACGAGCUCGCCGUGCGGCUGCGGCCCGCGCACGCCGGCGGGGACGGCAGCGUCGAGCACAGCGCGGAGCGCCGGAUCGAGGCGGUGCGCUCCGAGCUCGAGGACCUGCAGCGGCAGAAGCAGCGCGCCGUGGCCGAGGAGGAGUACGGCCAGGCCGCGGAGGUCAAGAGGCGCGUCGAGGCGGCGAGUGCCGAGCUCGCCUCCCUCCUGCGGCUCACAGAGGACCCCACCUGCCCCGACGCGGGCGACUCGGGGUGGGCCGACGGGCCAGCGCUGGAGAACGGCCAGGGCAGGCCCGGGAGGAAGCCGAAGCCGAAGGCGGAGGUGUUCGCGCAGGACGUCCAGGACGAGGAGCUGUUUCCCUCGCUGGGCGCCCCCCCCGGCAGGCUGGCCCCCAAGAAGGCCGCGGCGGGAGGCGCGGGCGUCCCCGCUGGCGCGGGCACCGCGGCCCCCGCGGCGGGCGCGGCGGCCAGAGGAGCGGCGGGGGCGCCAGGCAGCUCGCCUGACGGCGGCUCGGCGGCUGGUGGGGCAGCGGAGGUGAUGGACCUGGAGGCAGCGUUGGUGGACUUCCUGAAGCGCCACGACGACGGCAUCGCGCACAUCAACGAGGUGAAUAACAACAAGUUCAUCCGCCAGGUGAUGGCCGCGCAAAGGCCGAAGCCCAUGCAGGCCCUGAACAAGGCGUGGCUCAAGGAGCACGAGAGCGCCUUCGCUCUGCUCCGCACCUCGGAGAACGAGAUGUACGUCGGCCUGAAGAAGGUGGUGGAGAAAGCGGCCGGGAAGAACGGGGCGCGGGGCGGCACCGCCGACCAGCCCAGGCUCCCGGCCUACCAGAACGUGAUCCAGAAGGCCGCCCCUGGCGAGGCCAAGCCCUUCACCUACCAGUACAGCGCGGCCGCGCGGAGCAGCUCGGAGGUGGAGGCCGGGAACGGCCAGCUCGGCGAGUGGCACGCCAAGUUCCUGGCGGUGUUGCGCGACAGACCGCACGCUCGUGCCCCGCCGCGGAGCUGCUGGCGUCCGUGCCGGCGUUCGCCGACGCCAUGGGCGUGCGGAAGCCGCGGGAGCAGCAGGAGCUGCUGA